AUGAAGAGUGCGUGCCGGGGCUUUGUUCGGGCGGGAGCGCUUUCCCUUCCCUGCCUUCGGUCUCGCCGCCGGCCCCUAGCUCUCUGGGGCACCGCGCUGAGCAGGGACGGCGGCGCCAGUUUGGCCCUAGGCUUAGGGACAAUUGUUUUGGGGGGAGGUGGUGAGGGUGGUGCUUUGCUGCCCCCUCCAGAGCUCGCUGAGCACCCAGAGUUCAGGGCUAAGUCCCCCGGACCCCCAAAGCUGGGGAGAGGAUUAGCUUUAUAUGUCUACGAAUAUUUACUGCACGUAGGAGCACAGAAAUCUGCACAGACCUUCUUGUCGGAGAUUCGAUGGGAAAAAAACAUCACAUUGGGAGAACCGCCAGGGUUUUUGCACUCGUGGUGGUGCGUAUUUUGGGACCUUUACUGUGCAGCUCCUGAAAGGCGAGACACUUGUGAACAUUCAAGUGAAGCAAAAGCAUUUCAUGAUUACAGUGCAGCAGCCGCCCCGAGUCCCGUGCUUGGCAACAUUCCCCCCAACGAUGGGAUGCCAGGAGGCCCCAUCCCGCCGGGUUUCUUUCAGGGUCCUCCGGGGUCACAGCCCUCGCCGCACGCACAGCCUCCACCUCACAAUCCUAGCAGCAUGAUGGGACCCCACAGUCAGCCUUUUAUGUCACCGCGAUAUGCAGGCGGCCCCAGGCCCCCGAUCAGAAUGGGAAACCAGCCUCCAGGAGGAGUUCCUGGGACACAGCCAUUGCUGCCCAAUUCCAUGGAUCCCACACGACAACAAGGGCACCCAAACAUGGGAGGAUCAAUGCAGAGAAUGAACCCUCCCCGAGGAAUGGGGCCCAUGGGUCCUGGCCCACAGAAUUACGGCAGCGGCAUGAGACCACCACCCAACUCCCUUGGCCCCGCCAUGCCCGGGAUUAACAUGGGCCCGGGAGCUGGCAGACCCUGGCCCAAUCCUAACAGUGCUAACUCAAUUCCAUACUCAUCGUCCUCCCCCGGUACCUAUGUGGGGCCCCCUGGUGGUGGUGGCCCCCCAGGAACACCUAUCAUGCCUAGUCCUGCAGAUUCAACAAAUUCCAGUGACAACAUCUACACAAUGAUUAAUCCAGUGCCGCCUGGAGGCAGCCGGUCCAAUUUCCCAAUGGGUCCUGGCUCUGACGGCCCGAUGGGAGGUAUGGGCGGCAUGGAGCCACACCACAUGAACGGAUCGUUAGGGUCAGGCGACAUAGAUGGACUUCCAAAAAAUUCUCCCAACAACAUAAGUGGCAUUAGCAAUCCUCCGGGCACUCCACGAGACGACAGCGAGCUAGGAGGGAACUUCCUCCACUCCUUCCAAAAUGACAAUUAUUCUCCAAGCAUGACGAUGAGUGUGUGAUCCGCCCCUCCCUCCUCCUCCUCUUCGAGACGCUGAGAGAGCCGGCAUUGCAGGCGGGAAGAUGCCAGAAAUUAUGCAAGAAGAAGUGAGGUGUCAUUACCCAGGAGCUGGUAGAGGGGCACCUCCCCGCUCCCCUCAGCCCUUCCAUCAUCCCCCUCCACACCCCUCACCUUCCCCAAUUUUAGUUUCAUGCAAUAAAAAGGCUGAACUUUUUAUUCCAUAAAACAUGAAGGACAAAACUAAAAAUAAAAAUAUAUUUCAAGUCAACGACCAGAAAAAAAAUCCCACCCCUUGCCCUUUCCCGAAAGGAACUUUUAUGUACAUGACACUUUUUUGUUGUUUUUGUUUGGGGUUUUAUUGUUGUUGGGAUUUUUUUAUUUGUUUUCAGGGGGGUUUUUUGGGGGAAAAAUUUUUAAAAAUGCAAUCCUCUAGCAAGCCCCCCACCCCACCCCAAUCAACCUCUUUGCUUUCUUCUUUAAAAAAAGAAAAAAAGGAAAAA